AUGGGCGUCAAAACAUUUACCCACAGUUCCCCAGCUCACAGCCAGGAGAUGCUUGGAAAGCUGAACAUGCUACGUAAUGAUGGACAUUUCUGUGACAUCACCAUUCGUGUCCAAGAUAAAAUCUUCAGAGCACACAAGGUAGUCCUGGCAGCGUGCAGUGACUUCUUCCGUUCCAAAUUGGUUGGCCAAGCAGAAGAUGAUGGCCAGAGCGUACUUGACUUGCAUCAUGUGACAGUGACUGGCUUUUUGCCUCUUCUGGAAUACGCCUACACGGCAACAUUGUCUAUUAACACUGAAAACAUUAUUGACGUCUUGGCUGCUGCUAGCUAUAUGCAAAUGUUCAGUGUUGCUAGCACCUGUUCUGAGUUUAUGAAGUCAAGUAUUUUAUGGAACACCCCCAGUAGUCAGCAAGAAAAGGUGCUAGAUACAGGCCAGGAAAACAAUGCCAACUGCAAUUUUACAUCACGGGAUGGCAGUCUUUCUCCAGUUUCCUCGGAAUGCAGUGUGGUAGAAAGAACCAUUCCUGUCUGCCGAGAAUCGCGUCGGAAGCGUAAAAGCUAUAUUGUAAUGUCCCCAGAAAGUCCACUUAAAUGUAACACCCAGACAAACUCCCCACAAGUUUUGACUACUUCAGCUUCCUACGCAGAGAGUAGAAGUCAUCCUGUGGACUCUUCCUUAGCUUUUCCUUGGACUUUCCCUUUUGGAAUUGACCGAAGACUCCAGUCAGAAAAGGUGAAGCAAGUAGAAAAUUCUCGGACUCUAGAAGUGCCUGGCCCAUCUGAAGCAUCUAGAAGAAUUUCUGAUUAUAUGACGUGUGAGAGCACAAAAACCACCUCACCCCUGGUGAUUGAAGAAGAUGUGCGUGUAAAAGUGGAAAGGUUGAGUGAUGAAGAAGUACAUGAGGAAGUAUCUCAGCCUGUUAGUGCAUCCCAAAGUUCUUUGAGUGAUCAGCAGACAGUCCCUGGAAGUGAACAAGUUCAGGAGGACCUUUUGAUCAGUCCGCAGUCAUCUUCUAUAGGUUCAAUAGAUGAAGGUGUCACUGAAGGAUUACCAUCACUCCAGAGUACUUCUGGUGGGAAUAUCCAUGUGGAAGAUGAUGACCGACUGGAGAAUGUCCAAUACCCUUACCAGCUCUAUAUUGCUCCUACAACCAGUAGUACAGAGAGACCUAGCCCAAAUGGUCCUGACAGACCUUUUCAAUGUCCAACUUGUGGGGUUCGAUUCACCCGCAUUCAGAACUUAAAACAACACAUGCUCAUCCACUCAGGCAUUAAACCAUUUCAGUGCGACCGCUGUGGGAAAAAGUUCACCCGGGCUUACUCGCUUAAGAUGCAUCGCCUGAAGCACGAAGGUAAACGCUGUUUCCGGUGCCAGAUAUGUAGUGCCACUUUCACUUCCUUCGGGGAAUAUAAACACCACAUGCGGGUUUCCCGGCACAUUAUCCGCAAGCCUCGGAUUUACGAGUGCAAAACAUGUGGCGCCAUGUUCACCAACUCUGGAAAUUUAAUCGUUCAUCUGAGGAGUCUGAACCAUGAAGCGUCAGAGCUAGCAAACUACUUCCAGAGCAGUGACUUCCUAGUACCAGACUACUUAAACCAAGAACAUGAAGAGACUCUUGGCCAGUACGAGCUAGGAGAGCAUGGAUUUGAAAGCAGCUCUUCGGUCCAAAUGCCGGUUAUUUCGCAGGUCUCGUCGACCCAGAAUUGUGAAAGCACUUUCCCGUUGGGGCCUCUGGGUGGGCUGCUAGAAAAGGAGGAAGACCUGCCGGAGCAACCGAAAACCCUCUCAAGCGCCGAGGCCAGCCAAGAGGAGCUCCCGAAAGCCGCCGGGCUCUCGUCUAUCACUAUCGAAUAA